AUGAGAACAAUUGUUAUAUUAUUAUCUCCAAUUUUUGCACUUAUUUUAAAUAUUGUAACAUUUGAUUUUUUUAAAAAAAGAAAUAGAAGAGAACCUGAAUCUAUUGUUAUUAAAAGAGAAAGAUUAAUAUUAAUUAAUAUAACAUUACAAGGUAUUUUAGCAAUAUUAUGUCAAUCACCAACAGCUAUUAUUACAUAUUUAACACAAGUUUAUUUAUUAAAUAUACCAAAUAUAUAUUAUUUAAUAAGCAAUUUUCUUCUUUUUUCUCAUUUUGGAAUUAGUACUUUAAUUACAAUAAUGUUUUUAAAAGAUGUUCGUCAAGAAAUUUGUGGAUCAUUUAGUGGAUAUGUUGAUCAUAAUUUGGUUAAACGUUUCAUGAAAAUUUAA